AUGCAGAAUGGUACGUAUCUAAGAAACGGACCGGGCCUAUGGAUCGGAGACCACGACUUCCGACAUCUCUUUGACGGCUACUCCACACUAGUCAAGCUAGAGUUCGACGACGGUCGUAUAUUCUCCGGCCACCGUCUCCUUGAAUCCGACGCCUACAAAUCCGCCAAGAAACACAAGAACCUCUCUUACCUUGAAUUCUCCGAGACUCCAAAACCGUCCAGAAGCAACUUCAAGAACCCUUUCUCAGGCGUCGGAGAGAUCGUCAAACUUUUCUCUGGCGAUUCUUUAACGGACAACGCCAACACGGGAGUGAUCCUGACUCAAAAAGGAUCGAUUCUUGUCGACCAUUAUACGUUAGAGACGAUAGGGAAGUUCAAAUACGACGACCGUUUGUGUGAUCGCAUGAUCCACUCGGCGCAUCCGAUCGUGACGGAGACGGAGAUGUGGACGUUGAUACCUGAUCUUGUUAAGCCUGGCUACCGGGUCGUGAGGAUGGAGGCAGGGUCGAAUAAAAGGGAGGUUGUGGCUCGGGUUAAGUGUCGUUCCGGGUCGUGGGGACCCGGGUGGGUUCAUUCGUUUGGGGUGAUGGAAAAUUAUGUUUUGAUACCGGAAAUGCCCUUGAGGUAUUCGGUGAGGGAUCUGCUUAGAGCUGAGCCUACGCCGUUUUACAAGUUUGAGUGGUGUCCUAAUAACUACGGAGCUUUUGCUCAUGUCAUGUCCAAACACACCGGAGAAAUCAUGUGGACGUUGAUACCUGAUCUUGUUAAGCCUGGCUACCGGGUCGUGAGGAUGGAGGCAGGGUCGAAUAAAAGGGAGGUUGUGGCUCGGGUUAAGUGUCGGUCCGGGUCGUGGGGUCCAAUGGCUGAGAUUUAUGGUUGA